AACGUAAACUCACAUCUCAGCUUCCUGUUCUACAGGAAGUAGUGCUCUUGCUUACAUUUUUGGGGUCCAAGCCAAAAAGUACAGUAACUUAGUUGGUUCUGUAAAAUAAUGGUUGACAGUUGAUAAGAUUAUUUAUUUUAUAAUAUUUUUAAUUUACGCAUUUCUUCGGCCAUGUCUGCAAGCUGCUGCUAUUUUACCGUGGUGUUCCUGGUCUCGGCUCCUUCGUUCUUGUCGUGUCUGCUAGUUACGGGCGCUCAGGUCGCCUUGGUCGAGGUUCUGCUGAGAGAACGUCCAGAUGUCAGCACCGUUCUACAAGGCGAGGUGCUCGAAGCGAACUGGGAAAGCAGCAGCGUACCCGAAAAACACAAUCAACAACAAGAGCAUGAUCUCGAAGGGGACCUCAUAUUAGUGCAGGAUGAGGAGCCGCAGGUGAGCCGGGAUAAAGGUGGGGGUGUCCAAGCCAAAGACCAGGAGCCCUGGAUAGGUGUGGUGCCUGUCAAAGUGGAGGAGAGCAAAGAUUCCACUGCUGGGAACAGCCAGGAAUCCUUUGCUGCUGCCGUUGUCAAUAAAAUGAAACGAGCCUUGGUCCUGGGGGCUUCUGCACUCAUCAUCCUAGCCCUCAAUCAGAACACUAUCAGAGAGAUGGAUCUGUCCCAAGUCCUCUCUAAGCCAGUCAUUGUCAUCCAGACAUCAGAAAAUGUUACCAAGCUUAUCGGAGCACUCCUCAGGGGCCUUCAUGCUACUGUGAAAAUCACAUACAAGACUAUUCUACAGGACAACUUGGGGGCCACCCUGACGUUGUGGUCCACGUGCGGUCUCUCCAGAGGCGGUCUGUAUGGAGAGUGGCAGGGGGUCAUCUGCACCGGAGAGACCAACUCGCAGGUCCAGAAGUACCUGCAUCAGCUGUGGAACACGGUCCUACUGGUGGCUCUGAUCCUCUGUACAGGGGUCAUAGUUCAGGCUCGAUGGCAGUACCAGGACAACCAACUCAAUGACGACCUGGAGUUACCAAAACAGGACAUCCUGAAGAGACUGUCUUCCCUGAAGACCAGGAUGUACCGGCAGCCCAAACCGUGGUGUGACCCAGCGCAGCUAGAGACAGACAACUGUGCUGUCUGUCUGGAACAGUUCAACAACAACCAGUGUCUUCGCGUGCUGCCCUGCCUCCAUGAGUUCCACAGGGACUGUGUGGAUCCAUGGUUGCUCCUGCAGCACACCUGUCCUCUGUGUAAACGCAGCAUACUCAGUAACCUCUGUAGAGACAGCUAAUGGUAGCCAUGGCCCAACUCCUCACCCCACUGACCAGGGCCCAGUUUUUAAAAACUUUUAAUCUGUAUCAGAAUUUCGAUUCUGUAAUCCCCAUUUUUGCUAUCCAGGUUCAGAUCAAUCUGGCUGUUUUUGAGCCAGUUUUCAGAAAAAAAUCAGGAUAAUUCUGAUCCAGAUAACACAAUAUCAAGAUCACAGAAUUUGGAUUUUCAGUGUUUUGAACAGGCCUAAAUCUUGCCAUCUACUGGACAAAUUGUGGUACCACUUCUACACUGUCAUAGGGUAACAGAGAUGAGUGAACUACAUGAAUGGGGGAUCAAGAUAAUCCCAGUUUUUGGCAUCAAAACUAUCCUAAUCAGUAUCUUUUAGAGUUUUGGCAUGAUUUAAAAAAUGACAUGAUUAAAGGUCAGAUUGGAUUACCAAAUCCUUAUCCGGAGGAUCAUAAUCACAUUUUUCAGUUACACUUUUGUAAUAAUUUUUAAUCCUGUCCGAUUCCGGAAUCCGAUCAGAUAACUUCUGAAAAGCUGGGCCCAGAACAUUGGGAUCAAGUUGUCUUGUAGUCUGUCGUGACUAGUUUUCAGUAGCAGUUCCAGACCUCACCUCUUCCUCCUGCACUGGAUUGUGGUCAGGGGAGCUUCUCCCAGCAGCUGGCCUUCUUAUUGGACAAUGUUGACCUCUGACCUUUUGUGGACAGCCAAUCCUGAAGCAGCUUCAGUUAUGUGGUACUGUAAAACAAAUGUUACCGUACCGGUGUUGAAACAAACAGUACUUUCUUCCUGGGAUAACAUACUGUACAAUGACGUUACUCUAUUCUCUCCCACCCACCUCUCUCUCGCUGUAUGUGUGAUAGAGUACUGGUGCCUCAUGGUGAAAGUGUCUUUACAUGUGGAGAAUUCUAGAAGGGCAUUCUAAUGUUCUGUGAAUCUGGUGGAAUUCCAUGUAUGUUCUUUACAGGGAAAUGAAUUAAGUCCAAGGCAUUUUAAUGUGAAAAAAUAAGAUAUAGCUAGGUAUAUUUGCAUGGAUGUUAAAUGCAACAUGGUACAAAGCAUGAAUAACAGUGUGUUGCUAACUGGCAUCAAAACACAUCUGGUCAUGUGGGGCCCAUAUUCCACCAUAUCACAGGGUCAGUAUAAUCUCAAAAGUGAAUUUAAAUUUGUGUAGAUGGACUAAUUUCAUCCAGACUUAUUGUGUACUCGAGUCCAAUUUCAAAGUUUGUGUUAAUUCUGAAUUAAUAUGAAUAAGGGCAGGGAUUAAUUAUGUAGGGGUAAGAAUUAAAUUGUUACCCCUACAUUUGUUCAACUCUGUAGAGAGACUGCUCUGUGAGGUAAAUACCAGAUAACCAGAGUAGCUGUACAGAGACAGACACAGCAUGUUACAAACACAGCCGCACUUAGAGUGUACUACUUGACAGUACUUAUGUUAUAUUAAUCCUUUGUAGUCCUUAAAUUAUUUUAUUAUAAACCAGUGACCUUGUAGAACUGAAAAAUACUUUACCUUGGCUAACCAAUGUGUAUAGUAUGGAAAGGUCAAAUGGAAUCACACUUCAACCACUUUCACUCAACCACAUCCCAUCAUUGUAAAUAAGAAUUUUUCUUAUCUAACUUGCCUAAUUAAAUAAAAGGUUAAAUAAAUUAAAUUUAAAAAAAUCUAGCAACACCUUAUAGGGAAAUGGUAAGAAGCAUUUAGAGUAUUCACAUCAGCUAAUCACUAUAGAAAUAUAGCUGCAGUUUCCAUCUUUCACCAUCCUAUGGUAUUAUGUUGCCACUAGAACACUUUAAAGUCAACACUCAGUUCCCACGGAAAAGCUCUAACCACAGUAUUAAAUGUAUUUAUUUUGUUUGUUUUUAAAGAGAACUUCAAAAAG